AUGGAUUACAACAACUUUACUUCACCACUGGAUCCAACAGUCAAACUCAGAGCAAAAGAAGGAGAGGUUCUGACUGAUCCUACCUACUAUAGAAAACUAGUAGGGAAGCUCAACUUCCUCACAAAUACUAGAUUGGAUAUAGCCCACAGUGUACAAAAUCUGAGCCAUUUCAUGGAUGAUCCCAGGAAGCCUCACUUGAAAGCAGCCUUUCAUCUACUUAGAUAUUUGAAGGGGGAUCCAACUCUAGAGAUAUUCAUGUCCAAAGAUGCAGAUUAUACUAACAAGGCCUACUGUGACUCUGACUGGGAAACAUGCCCAUAUUCCCGGAAAUCUGUGAGUGGAUACCUUGUACUUUUGGGGAGCAGUCCUGUUAGCUGGAAAUCAAAGAAGCAAGACACCAUUUCAUUAUCCUCUGCAGAAGCUGAGUAUAGAGCUAUAAGAAAGGUAGUGGGGGAAUUGGUGUGGCUUAGUAGGCUGUUUGAGGAGCUUACAGUUCCUUUCCCUAAGCCCAUUACAGUGCUCUGUGAUAGCCAGUCUGCCAUGCACAUAGCAAGGAACCUAGUGUUCCAUAAAAGAACCAAACACAUAUAG